AUGUCCGACCCGCUGUCUCUCUCUCUCGACCUCCUCCGGAGACUUCCCCCUUCCUCCAUCUCCCAAAACCUCGACACCCUCGUCUCCCUCUUCCCCGCCCUCGCAGACGACCUCUACUCCUCCGUAGACCAACCCUUGCGCGUAAAGAUUGACAAGUCUGCACAGGGGGCAGGGAGAGAGUACCUUGCUUGUGAUUACAAUAGGGAUGGCGAUUCGUGGAGAAGCCCUUGGAGUGGAGAGUAUGACCCCCCUUUGGAGGAUGGGACGAAGCCUAGUAAGGGGUUGAGAGACUUGGAGAUUCGAAUGGGUGGAGCAAUGGAGACCUACAAGCAGCUCUACUACGAUACGGCGUUGUCCUCGGUGUACCUCUGGGACCUCGACGACGGGGCAUUUGCAGGUGUGGUCCUCUUCAAGAAAGACAUUGACCCCACCACCUCCUCUGACCCAAAGAAGUCCGGCACCAUUGGCCUAUGGGACUCUUUGCACGUAUUUGAAGCCGCACCAGAUCGCGCAGGACGGAGCGCCUCGUACAAGUUGACCAGCACCGUCAUGCUCUCUCUCGGUCGGCAAGAAGGGAGCAAUGCCACCGCCUCUGGCUCCUCGUCAUCAACCCCGAGCGCUGAAGGCCAGCCGACACUUGGAAACGUCUCCCUCUCCGGCUCCCUCACGCGCCAAUCGGCCAUUGAAGCUCCCCUUCUACCACCCACCUCCUCCUCCUCCGGUCCAGGCAAUUCUCCCUACUCUCCUUCGCACAUCGCCAACAUUGGUAAAUUGAUCGAAGACGCCGAGGGCAAGAUGCGAGCGCAACUCUUGGAAGUCUACUUUGGGAAGACGAAGGAUAUAUUGGGAUAUGUGCGCAGUGGUGAGGAUUUGGAGAGUAAGAGGAGGGAGGAGGGGGUAAGGAGGGAGUUGAUGGGAUUGUGGAAGAAGUGAGUGUGGGGAGUAGGAGUGACCAUGAGACGUGGGUAGAUGUGAAGAUUGUGGAGAUACACGAGAUGGGACAGCACAAGUUCUGAUGUGCAGUCCAAUAGCAAUGAUAAUGAACAACGAACACAGUACAAGGACAAUUGAUCUGGCUCAGCUCGUCUACGAGAAGUCCUCGCUCGCUUACUCGCCCACACAAUCCGCCCCUUCCUUCAUGAAGCGGAUUGUAAUCGACUUGCGCUCCUGCCGAGGAAUGAAGAGCGCUUUCCCCCCUCCUCUUGCCCUCUCUGUAGAACCUUGACCCUCCCCUUGACCCUUUUCCUCUCCCUCGAGCUCACACUCGCCCUC